CACGCGGACUGCUAUGGACAACACCAAUGCGCCCGAGGCGCCCCUCGUCCCCCCCGCUGUCGACGAAGCGGAGUUAUUGGGUCUUGACAGUACCCAAACGCCCGUAAUAGAAGCCGAACCGAUCGAAGAAGACCUAGGUCUACCACUGGACACAGCCGAGCAACAAGGGCUUCUCUUGGACGAGGGUGCGAACCUACAACCCAUCCCCGGUGGCACCGGGACAUCGACCGCCUCGCGCCCGACACUCCCAAGAGCCAGCAGUGUACCUCCUGCGCCCCUUCAUCUGCCUCCUCCCGCACCGCCUGCACCUCCUUCCUCGCAGCCUUCCGACUCGUUGUCCCUCCAACAGCUUCAAAAUCUCGUUCGAGACUUGCCUACCGUCGAACCGACUCCAUAUGCCUUUACUUAUGAAGAUGCCUCGUCCUUUGAAGAUGAAAUUGAGGAAUGGUUCUCUUACAGUGUCGAAGAGCAAGCCAUGUUAUUGAAGUCCCAUACAUCGUUUGCGCACGAGUGGGCUACAUAUCAUGGUGUGGAGAACAGCUCCACGUAUAACCAGGGCGAGCUGGACUGGUCCAAUGCCACUCAGCAACAACAGAACGAUUUUAUGCAAAGUCUUGUCAGGCUUUUGAAUCAGUCAAGUCCUGUAGCACGGCUGAAAAAACUCGAGGCCUUGGUUUACCUCCUGCUCGGAUGCUGGCAUGAGACUGCUGGCCUCCCCGCCAGUGAUAUCGGAAUGGACGCUACUACCCAGGAAACUGCAAGCAGCGGUGACGGCCACUCAACAAGCACCUACAGUUCGUCUCACCACCAAAUUCAAUUGAUCAAGAACAAUGUUCAACUCCUGGUGGACCAAGGCGGUCUGCAAAGUAUUGUGGACGUGCUACAUUCAUCAUGUCUACGCGCCUGUGGCGUCGAAGCAAACCCAGAUGUACCCCGUGAUGGGAAGGAAGCUGAGCGUCGUGAGGUGUGGUGUGCUAUGACUGCUGUGUUUGUUGUUCUGGAGGUCGCACGUGUAAAGGAGAAAGAUGAUGAUGAUCUCAACAUCAGAAAAGCGAUUGUGAACCUCCAGGAUCCAGGUCUACUUAUGCAGCUCUUGGAACUUGUUGCAAAAAUGCGUUGGGAUGACAGUAUAAACCUGCCGCUCGCAAAGGUUUGUUUGUUGGUGUGGAAAACUAUGUUGGUCACAUUUGGCGGUCUAUCGCAAGUCAAAAAAGCAAAGGAGUCCUUCGAGGACCAGACUCUUGAGUCGUCUGAUGCGAGAGGUCAACCUCUUAUAACUGCAUCACCUUUGGACUACCAUCUGUUUCGGCAGGAGAUCCUUUCCAAAUACCCUGCUUACAACCCUCCGCCCCCUCUCUUCCCCCUAGAACCUGAAAACAAUUCGAUCCUUCCUCCCCUUAAAAACCACCCAAACAAGGCUGCCGGAAAUCAUGUUUUUGGUUCUGGACUCGGGGAUACAAGUGGUAACAAUACUUCGAUUCUCCAUCAGCCUGUCCAUAUCGCAACUCCUGCGCCUUCCCCUCCACCAUCUCCGGGUGGUCCUGGCGGUAAAGGCGGAAAAAAGCAGAAUUACCAGACGAAUCAGAUGUUUCCAUUUCUUUAUCCGCCACUGGAUGAAUCGAGCAAUAAGCUUGGUGGGAAAGGCUCAACUGACCUGCAAGAUCUGCUUGUUGGACGGAAAUGGGAGGGGCCUGACAUACCUACCUCAAUCUUGGAGGCCGCAGAUCUCUUCGCGAAACGGAUGCGAGCGACACGUGCUAUGAAGCAACUAUGGGAUGAGCGCGUCCAAUUCAUGAAGUACGAAAGGGGCUGGUCUGAUGCGGAUGAACAUCCCGACAUGAGUGAAUUAUCGCUUGAACCUAAUGAGCGCCAUGAAGAGAAGCAAGCACCACAACCUGGGAGUAUUGAAGAGAGGAUGAACUUGGUGGAAGUGUGUUAUCAAAAAUCACUUCCCAUCUUACAGUCUGUAAUCAUUGUGCUGAUCAAAGCGAUUCUGUCACAUGUGACCGCUCUGGUCACGCAGGCUAACGGGCCUAACGGUUUGCAAAGCGGUUUUCAAUUCCAGGAUCAAAACGGACAUAGUGGACAGGCAAACGGUGUCAAUGGACACAAUGUCACAGUGGCUACAAAUGAAGAAGUGGAUACCAUGCGCAUGCAGGAGGUUCUGGACAAGGCAGUUUCCGGCAUACUGAUCUUGAUGCUAAAAUGGUUCAAGGUGUCUCACAUUCUGAAAUUCGAGUACAUAACGCAACUGCUUGUGGAUUCGAGUUACGUUCCACUCAUACUCAAACUUCUACAGCUACAAGAGAUUGAGAAGGUGGUAAAUUUCAAAUGCCAACAGGAAGAACUCAAUUUCUUUCACUUCUGCCGAAUCCAUUCAAGAAUUGGUGUGGAACAGGAAACAUCGGAAGAAAGGGUCGAUCUGGGUUCGGAUUCAGAUGAUGCAGUCCCGCCGCCCAUUCGGAUGACGAGAGAUGAAAAUAUGAGCCAGGAAUCAGGCGUCGACCAAUCAACCCAUCUAACAGUGACGCAACCACCCGAAGUUGAUGAGCUCGGUUAUCCCACUCACGAGCUUCCAAAGGAGCCUAUCACAAACUUCUCGUGGCGCGCUUUCUUCACUUCUAUCAAUUACUUGCGCAUAAUGCAGAAAAUGUGCAAGAACAAGGCCCACCGCAAUCUGAUGCUGGUGUCAUACAAGUCUUCGCAGUUCUUGCGAAAAAGCCUAAAGGUCCCACAACCUGAGUUGCGACUCUACACUCUCAAGUUGUUCAAGAACCAAGUUCCCUACUGCGGGCGGAAGUGGCGAUCGUCGAACAUGCGAGUAAUUACUGCCGUAUACCUACAUUGCCAACCAGAGCUACGAGACGACUGGUUGGCAGGCAGCGAUGUGGAUGCCGAGGUCGACGAGAGUGUUCCGUUGGAACAAGCCCUUCGAGCGUUGACGCAUUGGCAUAACCUGAAGAGGUACCCGGUGGCUAUGGGGACUACGGCUGGAGUGCUCGAGGAUGAGCAAGAUUUCUUCAGGCGUGAGUUGGAGAAGAUGGACUGGGGCGACGAACAUGAUCCCGAUCUUGAACCUGUGUCCGUGGAUUGGUGA